CCGCCACCAGCAUACGGCAACACAUACGGCGAUGUGAGCAGCCAGGACGCCGGUCUGGGUACCAAGGCCACUCUACGCUCUGACGGACGAGUCAACAUCAACAUCAACCAAACCUCUCGCCACUUGUCGAGCUUGCUCGUACCUGCCCUCAGAAGCCAGCUUGAUCUUGCAGACACCACCCAUGUCCCUCCGCCGUAUAUUCCUACCUCACUUGGUGGGGCGCCUGGCCAACCUCCGCCGCCACCUCUCAACGUAGUCAUCCAUGUUGUUGGUUCAAGAGGAGAUGUACAACCAUUCGUCGCUCUCGGAAAGGUCCUGAAAGAUCAAUAUGGCCACCGCGUUCGUCUAGCAACACACCCUGUAUUCAGAGACUUCGUCACCGAGAACGGUCUCGAGUUUUUCAGCAUCGGAGGAGACCCUUCCGAGCUUAUGGCUUUUAUGGUCAAGAACCCCGGUUUGAUGCCCGGAUUUGACGUUAUGAGAAGAGGUGACAUUGGUAAAAGACGCAGGGAGAUUGCUACCAUGAUCAAAGGAUGCUGGAGGAGUUGCAUUGAGUCUGGUGAUGGUACAGGUGUCGCAGUAGACGACAACACAACCGAAGAAUGGAUGCGUAACACCGAUUCCUCCAUCAAACCUUUCAUCGCCGACGCCAUCAUUGCAAACCCUCCUUCUUUCGCCCACAUUCACUGCGCCGAGAAGCUGGGAUGUCCGUUGCACAUGAUGUUUACCAUGCCCUACUCUCCCACACAGGCCUUCCCUCAUCCUCUGGCUAACAUCCAGUCCACCAAUGCUGACCCCCAUCUCACUAAUUUCAUCAGUUACACGCUCGUCGAGAUGUUGACCUGGCAGGGCCUGGGCGAUGUCAUCAACCGAUUCAGAGUGAAGGAUCUCUCUUUAGAUCCUAUCAGUUUGAUAUGGGCUCCAGGCAUGCUGACAAGAUUGCGUAUUCCUUACACGUACUGCUGGUCGCCUGCUCUGAUUCCUAAACCAAAAGAUUGGGGCAAUCAGAUAUCUAUCGCUGGCUUUUAUUUUCUCUCUCUGGCUUCCAAUUUCACACCGCCUCCUGAUUUGAAGGCUUUCUUGGACGCCGGCCCGCCACCUGUAUACAUUGGCUUUGGUUCCAUUGUUCUUGACGACCCUAACGGCAUGACGAAACUCAUUUUCGAUGCUAUUCGCAAGACUGGUAGACGUGCCUUAGUGUCCAAGGGCUGGGGCGGCUUCGGUGCUGAUGAACUCGGCAUCCCAGAAGGUGUCUUUAUGCUGGGCAAUGUGCCUCAUGAUUGGUUGUUCAAGCAUGUGUCUUGCGUUGUCCAUCAUGGAGGUGCAGGAACCACUGCUGCUGGUAUAGCGUGCGGCGUUCCCACUGUCAUUGUUCCAUUCUUUGGAGACCAGCCCUUCUGGGGUGCCAUGGUCGCUAAAGCCGGAGCUGGUCCUGAGCCUAUUCAUCAUAAGGACUUAACUGCUGACAACCUAGCUGAAGCAAUCAACAAAGCACUUGAACCAGCCACUAAGGAAAGAGCUCAGGAUUUGGCCAACAGUAUAAGUAACGAGAAGGGCACUGAAACUGGCGCUCAGAGCUUCCAUCAGUUUCUGGAAGUCGACAAGAUGAGAUGUAGCAUAGCGCCCAGUAAGGCAGCUGUAUGGCGACUGAAGAGAACCGAAGUUCGUCUCAGUGCCCUUGUAGCGACUACUUUGGCCACUGAAGGAUUGCUGGAUUUCAAGGAUCUGAAGUUGUACCGACCAAGAGAGUAUGAAGCCGAUGAAGGUCCUCCGGAGCCCAUCUCUGGAGGCGCUGGUGCCCUUACUGGCACAAUCAGUACAAUGAUGAUGGGUGUCGCCGACUUCCCUGUCGCUGCAUUGAAGGCUUUGAGAAUUCAUCCCGAUGCUGUUCCCAACAAGACCACAACAGACUCACAGGCUGCCUCUGAGCAACCAUCAUCCGAGACCCAAUUGCAACGAGCCAAGUCUUCCAGGGAGUCAGACAUCUCUCCACUGAGCAGACCGACCUCGCCUGCACGAGGUGCUAGUGCAGGCGCGACUUUCAAUCUAGAUGAAUCAUUAGCGAGGAUGGGCUCUCCCCAUCUGACAGCCGAGGACAAGACAGACAAAGGCAAGCGCAGUCGCUCUUCCUCCUUGGCCGCCGCGCUGCAGGGUCAAGUUAUCGAUGCUGCAUUCGGCACAAGUAAAGGCGUUUCUAGAAUUGUUGGAGCUGGUUUUAAGUCACCAAUGGAUUUUACGCAUGCGCUCGCAAAAGGCUUCCACAAUGCACCAAAGCUCUACGGAGAUGAGUCGGUCAGAAAGCCCGACAAGAUCACCGACUUCAGAUCUGGACUCCGCGCAGCAACCAAGGAGUUCGGGUUUGGUAUGUUCGACGGCAUCACUGGACUCGUCACACAACCCGUCGAAGGCGCAAAGAAGGAAGGAGCCGCCGGUUUCAUCAAGGGUGUCGGCAAAGGUAUUGGUGGCAUAGUGCUCAAACCUGGCGCUGCCAUCUUCGGUAUCCCAGCUUAUACUAUGAAGGGUGUCUACAAGGAGCUCCAACAACUGUCCGGAUCUUCUGUUCAGAACUACAUCAUUGCAGCUCGCACAGCACAAGGCUACGAUGAAUGGCACAGGUCAACUGCCCAAGAACGACAAGAGAUCAUCCGACGCUGGAGAGUGGUUGAGUCUGAAGUCAAGAAGAAGAAGUUCAUCCACGAACAGUUCCAAGAUAUGCUUAGAAAGCAAUGGGAUGGUGAAAAUCGUGAUGGCGGUCGUUUGCUGGGCGUUCGCUCUCGAUCGCGUGCUAACUCUUGUGCUCAUUCGCGUUCUAACUCGCGUGCUGCGAGACUUAGUACGUACAGCGAAGGAGCUACGCCGACGGUUGAGGUCACACCUCCCAAGUAUGAGGACUUGCAAUUUACUCGUGGUGCUAGCGACAACGAACUGGAGAGAGCCAUUCAAACAUCGGUCGCUGAUACUAGCCGUGGCGACCCUGAGCAGGAUGCCUUGAUAGAGCGAGCCAUCCGCGCCAGCAUCGCCGAAUUAGCAUCUGGCCAAGACCCACCAGCAUAUCAAGACUUAUCAUCCUCCGAGCACGACGAAGAGUUAGCAGCUGCACUCAAAGCCAGUCUAGAAAACUCUUCCGAGCAUCAAGAUAAACGUCUUAAACGACAAGGC